UUAUAAACACGGUGCCUCCUGCACGCCUCAGGUUCAGUGUUUACAUCCACGCGCUCCAUCGGUUUCUCCACAGCCGUCCCCCUGAAGCACAGGACGACAGGACCCACCGACUGAGACUUUUUCAGGAAGGAAACUCGUCCCAAAAGACCCUGAGGAAUCCCUCCGUGGUUCGGUCGUCUUCUUUAGUCCCCCCCCUCCGCGCUCCCUCCUGAGAUGUACAACACCAGCUACUCCCGGGCCAAGUUCGGCCUGGAGGCCCGGGACACCCACAAGCCCAAAGGCAAGAGCUGCGGCUACUACAUGAGGAUCGUCUUCCUCUUCUCCUCCCUGAUCCAGUCGCUCAUCAUCGUCAGCCUGGUGCUCUUCCUGGUUUACGGGCAGCCGGAGAAGUCGGCCGAGGAGAAGCAGGUGAAGGAGCUGGAGCUGAGCUUCAACAGGCUGAGCGAGAACCACAUCCAGCUGAGGAAGGAGAAGGGCGAGCUGAGCGGCGCUCUGGGUGCCCGCACGGGCGAGAAGGCUGCCCUGGAGAAGGAAGUUCUCCGGUUGAAAACGGCGGCCAACGCCACGAUAACCAGCACCAAGGUCUUGCAAACCAGACUGAGCCAGUGUGAAACAGAGAAAAAGCUAGCGAUGACCCGAUCAUCCCCUACGCAGUGUGCCACCCCUCCAGUCCAGCGACCCCCGGUCUCAACUCACAAUGCGGAGUUGAAAACUCUGCAGGCUAAGUAUGCCCAGCAGGAAGCGACAUACAACCUGCUGAAGGCCAACUUCACCCAGACGGUCCUGCUCAUCACGACCCAGAGGGACAGCGCCAUCAAGGAACGCAACGCCCACCACCUGGAGAACAUCGCCUUGAAGAAGGAGAACGCCGACCUGAAGGCGGAGCUCACCACCUACACCAGGAAGUGCAAACAGGACUUCUCCAAGUCGCUGGAGGGCAUCCAGACGGUGACCAGUGGCUUCCUGUCCAGGAUCAACACCUUGUUCCCCCACUCCAUGACCUUCCACCUGACCUGCGACAAGCAGCAGGAGCAGGUGGAGAAGAUCCGAAGCAGCUGCACCAACCUCUCCAAGGAGGUGGAGGAUAAAUUCCAGCGGUACCUGAACAACGUGGGGGACAAGGUGGCUGAUAUUCAACUCCAAUCCAGUCGUCUGGAGGUCCAGAACAGCGACCUGAAGCACCAGCUGGCGCAGUGUCAGAGCAACUACAGCCACACUACAGACGAGAGCCGGAGACGUCUGCAGGAUAACCAGCAGGCACACGACAAGCAGGUGGAGGCUCUGCUGCUGGAGCAGAAUCGUCUGAGGGAGGAGAAGAACCAGCAGGUGAAGCAGUUGAGCAACCAGGAGAACGAGGUCCAGAGGCUCAACACCAAGGUCCAGACGCUGACCGCUGCCCAGGCCAACUGUAAGAAGAGCAGGUAGACUCGUGUGGGAGAAUGGCAGUUGGAGACACUGGUAUCCGCAAGCCCUCGAAUGGGCUACACGUCGUGAAACAACUCUGGUUAAAUCUAUAUCAUUAAAGACCCUAACACUAAUGUUAGGUCACUAAGACUGAGCACUAACUGAGAGAAAGAGGAAGAAGAAACAUGAUGAACAUCCAAACCAGGACCUUAAAACCAGGAUGUUAUUCACCACAGUGACAAAUUAGUGUGACACAAUUAGUGUCACACUAAUUUCCUUUUGAAGGAUAAAUAAAGUUGAAAGUUGAAAGUUGAAGUGACUACACUGGAAUCAUUAUGUGCUGAUUGACCAAUUAUAAUUUCCAUUUUCAUGUAAAUACUGACACGACCAAUUGUAUUGAAUAUGACAUGCACUGUAUAUAGUACACAGUUCUAAUGCACUUACUGUAUGCCUGUUAAACUGAACUCAUGUGUACUGAAGGGAUUUUACUAUUUGUUUUAACUUCAUUUUUAUGGACUUAUGGCAUUGUUCAACCACCCAAUACUCAGUUCAGUAUUUUCGCUUUACACUUUGGUUCAUUUUGUAUAAAACUGCGAGAAUGUAAAUAAUUUGAUGUAUUUUAGGCUUGUUUUCUGAUGUUGCUUUUAAAAAAUUGUUUUAUUUAUGAAUUAGGACAUAAACACCUUUGACCACCUGAAUUUAAGAAAAUAAAAAUUUCGAAAAGUA